GUUCUGUUAUCGGUUAUCACCCUGAUAUUUAGUGCCGCCUAAAAAAUGGCUUCAAUUCCUAACACAAGCGGGGGCGAUUCGCCGGAAAUCGUGUGCUCCGAGCGUAUCAAGUUCCGUCGCUUGCGAUCGCAAAACAUCGUCCAUCGGUUGCGCUACCGGGAGAUGGGCCUGGGCGUAAAGUCACCCCAGCAUUCGGUGCGAGAGUUCUACCAGAAUGUCUAUCCCAAUCUGACGGUGGUGAACGUGGAAAAACCGCCCUGCUAUCUGCGCAAGUUCAGUCCGGAUGGGCGCUUUUUGAUUGCCUUCUCAUCGGACCAGGCGUCGCUGGAAAUCUACCAGUACAUGGGCUGCUCGGCAGCUGCUAGCCUGUUUCAGGAAAGCGACGAUACGGAACUGAUCAUGAACAACGGUACCGGGGGGCAAAGUUACGAAAUCAGAAGUCAAAUAUUUGAUAAACUAUUUAAGCUAAGACAUGUAGUUAAUAUGGAGAACAAUGAAAAGCAGCUGAACCGAGAAUGCAGUUUGUUCACCAACGACGGGCGAUAUGUGAUUAUCGGAGCGGCCGUCUUCAUUCCAGAAGAAAAUAGACCACACUUUUAUGAACUAUACACGAACAAUGAGGCAAUCAAGCCUACGGCUAGCUGUCCUUUGGAGGAUUUUACCUUAUAUAUUAUAGACCUUCAUAAUGGUCGAAUUUCGGACUCGACCGAUUUUAAGGUGGACAAAAUUAUUCUAUCACACAAUCAAGGUGUUUAUUUAUACAAUGACACGCUGGCAAUACUAUCAAUUCAGCACCAAACCGUGUAUAUUUACUCGAUUGCGGACGGGAUAUUUAUAAUGGAACGCACGAUUGGAAGGUUCUGCUGUCCUGACGAGAGCUAUCUGUAUUGCAUUGGAACGACGGGUGGUCGAUCCGGGAGUAACACCAAUCUUCGCGCAUUUCGAGAACCAACAAUCAACAGUUUAAAACAUCGAAUGCUGGUCUUCCUGUUUCACCAGGCAAAAAUCAAGGUAGAUACGGCGGAGGAUAAACUGGCACUGCGAAAAUUUUACAGACGAUUUGACGAAUACAGAAAUCUUCGCAUGUGGAAGAUGCAAUUGCUAGACGAUGAUCAUUUGCUUAUAAAGUACGCUAGUGAAGACGUGGUCACACUGAAAACCAUCGAGCCUAACAAUCAUAGUUCUAUGUUUGUGAUAUAUCAUAUUUGGAAAAAUCAAAUAAUCGGAAUAUACGGCAAUCAGUCGCAGGAUCUGCUGUAUUUAUACGAGAAUUUUUGCGACAGCUUUCGCAAUGCCAACCUUGCCCACCAGACGCAGUUCACUUGUUCGCCGAGCAAUAACAUCUACAGCAAUCUGAUUCAUCAGCGCUUCAAGCAAACCAUGAUUGGAGCCCGUGGAGGGGGCGUACAGGAAGCUACUAAACGUAUCCUGGCCCAGCUGCCAAUCAGUGCCCAGAGCUACAGCAGCUCGCCUUACCUGGACCUGAGCUUGUUCAGCUACGACGACAAGUGGGUUUCGGCUAUGGAACGACCGAAGGCGUGUGCCGAGUUUCCGAUUCGAUUUUUCGCUCGCGACUCGGGCCUGCUAAAGUUUCGGAUCUACGCCGGUGUGCAGAACCAGCAGGCCAGCUCUAGCUCGCGCCGGUUAGUCGCGUUCACCUUUCACCCGACGGAACCGUUUGCGAUCAGUGUGCAACGGAUAAACACCGACUACAUUGCCAACUUCCACAUACGACACGCUGGGGCAACCUGCACGUACGAUAUGCUGCAGAGGUGAUGGUUCUUACGGUUGAGUGUGAUAGCAGUAGGUAUAGGCGGUAUUGGACGCAGUACCUCCAAAAAUCGGAUGUUUUAUAUUGAAAUGAACGGAUGAACCAAUACAAAUAUAGAAGACAAUUACAAUAACAGAAAAUUUGA